UUAAAACACCGUUUACGGAUCAUAUCCUCCAGUUCUAGUGCAUUUCUCUGCAACAAAGCCGACGCUGAAGCAUCUAUCAACAAUGGAAAAAACAUCUCAUGUUGUUAUCGUACCAAGUCCAGGUAUAAGUCACCUCAUCCCAAUCAUUGAGUUCGCCAAGCAACUAGUUAAGCUUCACGAUUUUCAUAUUAUAUGCAUUAUUCCCACUACUGAGACUCCAUCAAACGCAAUGAAAGCCACUCUUGAAGCGCUUCCUGCCACUAUAAAUCACAUCUUUCUUCCUCCUGUUAGUUUCGAUGACCUUCCGGAGAGCACCAGUACCACAACCCUCGUUGCACUUGCAAUGACUCGCUCUCUGCCUUCUUUACGAGAUGAGUUAAAGUCAUUAAUCACAGCCACUCGUUUAGUUGCUCUUGUUGUUGACCAUUUUGGCACUGAUUUAUUUGAUGUUGCAAAGGAAUUCAAUCUUUCACCUUAUGUUUUUAUUCCAGUAAGUGCUAUGACUUUGUCAUUCGCUUUUUAUAUACAAAAGCUGGAUAAGAUGGUUUCAUGCGAGUACAGAGACCUCCGUGAACCCAUUGAAAUUCCCGGUUGUAUACCAGUUCAUGGAAAAGAUCUUGUGGACGCAGUUGAAGAUCGAACGAGUGAAGUAUACAGAUGGUUUCUUGACAUCACAAAACGAUAUAGUUCGGCUAAAGGUAUCGUGGUUAAUACUUUCAUGGACAUGGAAGCAGGAGCUUUAAAAGCUUGGGCAGAAAAUGAUGAACCCAGUAAGCCACCCAUUUACCCAAUUGGGCCGCUCACACGGGCCGCUUCAAUUGAUCCCGAUGAUGGGUCUAUGUCCGACUGUUUAACAUGGUUAGACAAUCAGCCGAGUGGUUCUGUUUUAUUCGUUUCCUUUGGAAGUGGUGGGACUCUAUCUCGUGCUCAACUAAAUGAACUAGCUUCGGGUUUGGAGAUGAGUCAGCAAAUAUUUCUAUGGGUUUUAAGAAGCCCAAAUGACGAAUCUGCUAGCGCAACCUAUCUUGGUGUCCAGAGCAAGCAAGACCCUUUUGAUUUUUUACCGAAGGGAUUUCGCGAGAGGACCAAGGGGAGAGGUCUAGUAAUAUCUUCUUGGGCACCUCAAGUUCAAGUGCUUUGCCAUGGCUCCACUGGUGGAUUCUUGACCCACUGUGGUUGGAAUUCAAUCCUAGAGAGUGUUGUGAAUGGUGUACCACUAAUAGCUUGGCCACUUUUUGCUGAACAAAAACUGAAUGCUGUGAUGUUAUCAGAAGAUAUUAAAGUGGCGUUGAGACCAAAACCGAAUGAAAGUGGAUUAGUGAUUCGUGAGGAGAUUGCAAGAAUUGUGAAGGAACUAAUGGAAGGAGAAGAAGGAGAUAAAAUUGACAGACGUAUGAAAGAGUUGAAAGAUGCAGCUGCAAAGGCGCUCAAGGAAGAUGGAACUUCUAUUCAGGCACUGGGAAAGUUGGUUCUUGAGUGGAAGAAUCAGAUGAAAUGUUAAUUUGAAUAUAAGUGGAUAA